UUAGCUGUAGUGCUGGCACUGAGCACAUGCUGCCUCCCAACAAUAGGACUCCUCAGCCAUUGGCCAGAGCAGUACAAGCGCAUGGGGCUGUAACCAGAGCCGCUGCCAGCAACCCCUUCACAGGCAAACAGGGGGCAACUCUCACAAAGGAUCUUCGGGCAGAGGCUGAGCACAGGCCAGCGGCUCCUUCCUGCUUCACCGUCCGGAUCUCGGCACUCCAAGAGAUGGGCUCAAUACUGAGCAGUGAGAGUAGCCGAGAGGCGAACUCCCGGAGCAUGGCAGCGGAAGAGCCCGAUCCCAGCUAUGACUGUGCCGUCUGCCUGGAGGUGCUUAACCGGCCAAUGAGGACGCGUUGUGGGCAUGUAUUUUGCCACACAUGCAUUAAAGCCAGUUUGCGGACCAACACAUAUGCUUGUCCAUAUUGCCGGACCCACCUCUCAUCUGAAGGAACACCAGCUGUGGACAUAAUGAAGAAGAUGAAAACUGUAUUCCAAAACUGUGAGGAGUGUGAACAAAAGGUUUGCCUGAGUGACAUGAGAGCCCAUUUAAAUAUGUGUGAGCAAUAUAUAACAAAGUAUGGGCCCCUAGAGGAGCUUGGGAGAACCCCAUGCAGAGAUGACCUGUUCGCAUGCCCGUUUUGCCACACGGAGCUUGAUGAAGAUGGCCUUGUACAGCAUUGCUUUACGUACCACAGCACAGAAAGACGACUAGUGAUGUGUCCAAUUUGUCACCUGAUGCCAGGCGGAGAUUCGAGCUACACAAGGAGCUUUCUGAAGCAUCUUCAUACCAGACACUCCAUAUACUAUGAGAACUAUAUAGAUAUAAAUAUUGUCGAGGAAGCACUUAUCGAAAGGGUUCUAGAUCUUUCUUUGAUACACUACAUGAGGCACUCAAACAGGUCCUAAGCACAGUGGAUUUUCCAGGUCGUUUCCUUUAGAUGGACAUUCUGUUUAGAAGAGUUGGAGCUUGUAGCUUUGGUCUACAGAUGAAGAAAAUACAUGUACUAUGUAUCUUCAGCUUCAUUUAAUUUUGUUAAGGGGAUCCCGUGCAUCAACUCCUUUACCGUGAAACUGUUAGGAGAAAUUCUUGCCGCUUAACAGUGUAUUUAUUCCACUUAAAGCCAAUGAAUAUCCAUGGCACGAAACAAGCUGGUAUUGUAAAAAAAAUUUAUAGAGUUUUUCCAAACCCAUGUUCUGAAUUUACAAUUGGUAAACGCAUUACCUUUGUUUUUAUCCACUUGUGCAGUAAAUUAAGUACUGCUUGGGCACUUUUUUGAUUCAGGACUACGCAAGCACCCAUCACCAUGCCCCAGCCAUACUUUGGGUAAAUGAGGUUGAAUGAUGCUCCAUAAGGGUUUUUCUGUAGAACAAUAGCUGGUUGCAUGUUUUUGCAGAGGAAGAAAAA